CUGGCGCCAUAUCAAUUACUGCCAGAGCGCACAUCUCGCCGUGUCAGCUACACGCCCUACCACUUCCAGUCCCAGGCGCAAACGCCUACGCCUACUCCCAUCACCACCAGCCCUUGGCGAUCCUGGGACACGCCCAGGCCUAUCCAUGGUCCAAGGCUGAAGGUCGAGGCUACCCUCACCAUGAAACCACAGCGCGAGCUUCUGCCCGCAGGCCCAGCCGCAGCCAGCAGUGCCUCUUCCGAGCGAGAAUCAACCCCGCAAUCUGCCACCGGUGGUAGUGCUACUGGCUCUGCACCGAGACGUCGUCCCCAGACAAAGAUUGCCUGCACUUCGUGUCGGAGGAGGAAAUCAAAGUGCGAUGGCCAGCGACCCGUCUGCUCCUUGUGUGCCGGCAUGGGUCGCACCAGGUGUGAGUACGAUGCAGGGCCCGACGUCACCCGCUUUGCCGCCCUCAAAACCAAGCACGAGGAGCUGCAACGUCGCCUCUCUCUUUUUGAGGAAUUAUUCCGCCUCCUAUCGAUGCGUUCCGAGGCCGAAUCCAUCGAAAUCAUAAGGCGCAUGCGUACCGCCAAUAUCGAGACCGACCUGGACGAUCUGGUCAAGUUUAUCAAGAAUGCCGACGUCUUGAUCUCGCUCGCCUCUGCCAAAUCCGAACAGGCCUCCCCCGCCCCUGGAGCAUCAGACUCGGUCGUUCAGGGCCAAAUGCCCAUGGACGAACUGUCGUCUCUGCUCAGCAUAUUGUAA